CCGAGGGCCAAGUCACGGGAACACGCAUCGAGCUAACUAGUUAGCGACGUCAUGGGCAGAAAAAAUAUCGAAGUGCGCAACAAGCGGUCACAUAGCACGGGUCUGGGGGUUGAUAUAACUGCAGUCUGAGUGUUAUACAUUCAAUUGGGAUCAGCGCAUGUACUGAGUGCAUUGCACAUUAAUGAUUGGACUUGACAUCACCCCCCCCCCCAUUUGCUAUAUCUCACGGUGGAAAUGUCCCCUAAACAGCCCGUUGCAUGCCUGCGCUGUGUUUCUCGACGUCUGAAAAUACAUCCAACACACUCUCCGUCCAAAAAUCUAUACCAGACGGGCCGCCCUUUUUCAUCUUCUGCCACACGUCCGUCGUCUAAUCCCGGAACACAAGCCAGAGCAGAGUUCGAAUCAUCACAUAAAUACUGCCUCGACCUUCUCCGAAAAUAUGACCGGCCUUCCUACACCCUUAGCACAUUCCUUCCCCGCCAUACCCUCAGCUUCUACCUCGCCCUUCGGGCCCUUAAUAUAUCCCUCUCGAUGAUUCCCGACACCACCUCGACGCCGACAAUUGGCCUGAUGCGUCUUCAAUUCUGGCGGGAUACAAUCACAAAAACGCUGGCCGGUAAACCGCCCAAAGAACCCAUUGCUAUUCUACUCGCUUCCGCGCUCUCAGAUCUAGACGCACGCACGGGUGGCCAAGCAAGAAUAAGUAAAGGAUGGUUCAUGCGCAUGAUAAACUCGCGCGAACAAUACCUAACCAACACUCCAUACACAAGCCUCUCCGCACUGGAGUCCUAUGCUGAAAAUACAUAUUCCACCCUGCUCUAUCUGACUCUCAGCGCCCUGCCCCUUACCUCUGUUACCGCAGACCAUCUUGCAUCGCAUAUAGGAAAGGCAGCAGGAAUUUCCACCGUGCUACGAGGGAUACCACUAAUCGCCUUCCCUCCACCGCCGAAUCACCAUUCAAACCAAGCCGGGGUCGCAGGCGGCUCUGGCCCUAGAACCGGAGCCAUCACGCUCCCGCUCGACAUCAUGGCGGAAACAGGACUGAAAGAGGAAGACGUCUUUCGACACGGCGCUGAAGCACCAGGCCUCCGAGACGCGGUGUUUACCGUUGCGACGCGUGCGAGCGACCAUCUCAUCACCGCUCGUCAGAUGCUGAAGAACCUGCGCGCCGGGCAGGACGUAGGUCAUGAUUUCGAGCAUGAGGGCGAAGAGGGACAUGAAUACCAUAACCACAGUAAUGGCAGUGGCGGUAGUGACGUAUCAGCUUCCAACGUGCAGCUGGAAGAGGUGGAGAGGGCGUUUGGUGUCCUAAUGCCCGCUGUCUCUACGUCCCUUUGGCUAGACCGUUUGCAAGCGGUGGAUUUUGAUAUUUUUAAGCCGGAGCUUCGCACGUCUGAUUGGAGAUUGCCCUGGAAGGCUUACUGGGCUAAUAGGCGCAGGACAUUCUAGAUGGCAAUGUUAUUGGCCCUGGAGAAUUUGAAAAACUUAGUUUCUGGGUUAAAAGAUAAGACUUAUCCGGAAGCAGAGUGGUUCAAAAUAGAUGUAUUAUUAUUAUUUAUACAUUAUAUUAAUAUAAUUAGCGCAAUGAUGUGCACAUCUAUUACAUUCGUUUAUAUGGUGCUCAUUGGCAUCUCUAUAAUGGAAAAGGAGGCCAGUCCUGAAAGGGUGCCAGACUAAAUCAUAGGAAAUAAUAUAUCUCAAACAAACGCCCCCACAACGCCGUCAGUUAAACUCACAGUAGACAGACACGUCUACUCUGAUUGGGACUUUUGCCGCCGUUUCCGCGAUGUGUGAAUUAGGCGCUGUUGAGCAAGUUUCAAGAAGUAUCGUUGAAUCAUGUCACGCCUGUUACCGAAUAUUAGCACC